GUCUCGAGGUGCUCUCCAUGCGCGACAACAGUAUCCGAGAUGCCAGCGCAUCGGCGUUCGCUGAGGCGCUCCACCACAACGGCACCGUGACGCAACUGAACCUGGAGCUUAACAGCAUCGACUUCCACCACCUCCUGAAGAUCAAGCAGCUGUUGGGCCGCAACGAGAAGAUCCGGCAAGAGAAGCUCCCUGACCGCUACCGUGGCCGAAUCGAACAGCUUCAGAAAUGCAA